AUGGAGUAUCUCUAUACGCAGACUCUAGAGCAAGCGUGGGAUAGGCUGGAAUCUAAUUACCGCGUUUCAAUCUGUUAUAAGCUCCGAACAAUCUAUAACAAUAUUCGCCAACUCGAACAGGAACUAACAGAUUCAUUCAUAGGUAUAUUCACUUUCCUAUAUCAAAAACCAACGCCGGAUCCAUAUUCUAUCCCAAUCGAACCGUUCCGCCAUAAUUGGCCUAAUGAUAGUGAGAUCAAAUUUACGUAUAGCGAUCUCCAUCGCAGUAACAUCUUGAUCACACGCUCUGAACCUUAUCAUGUUCUUACACUUAUUGAUUGGGAACAAUCAGGGCAUGACGAAUGGUCUAAAAAGUAUUUACCGAUGAUUUUGUGUCAGUUCACUAGCACUUGGGAUCCAUGGAACUACUACACAAUGGCCAUGGAAUGUCAAGACAAAGGCGACCGACGUUAUAUUACUGAGGUUUUCUAG